AUGAUUCCAACUCUUUGGAAUUUCGCUUUUCCCACAAAUCUUGAAUUAAACGGACUCGAAUCUACGCUUGAAAGGUUUGCGAAUUAUCCAGCUUCCACAAUAAAAGAUGAAAUCAUUUCAAGGUUAGUAGGAGAAAUAGGGAUUCAAGGACGUAUAUUUCGUACAUUAUCAAAAGCAAGUUUAACGCGAUAUCAAGGAACAAUUUCAACAUCUACUUCAGACAUAAUUCAAACGUUCGAAAAAUUCAAAAAUUCUGAUUUAAAAGUGAACUCUUUAAAUAUUAUAAAAUUAGAUUUAACGAUCGCUGAAUUGUUAAAAGAAUGUGACUUAAUUAGGAGUGGUUAUGGUGAUAUUCAAAUUUCUUUACAAAAGAUUUCAACUAAUAUUCAAUCUCACAAGUCUACGAUACAAAGCGAAAAGGAUUCACUUGUACAAUCAAUUGAGAAUUUAAGAUAUCAUGCAAGAAAUGAGAAGUUGGACGCUAUAAAAUCUGGUAUAGUUGCAGGAUUCGGUAUUGGAAGUUUAUCAAAUGCCACGACAUUUAUCAUGGUGCCUCACUUUGAUUGUGGUUUAACUUUGUUCGCCACGAUUUUCACAGGAGGAUUGUUGGGUUGGUAUUUUGGCAAUAAGAUGAGUUUUAAACUUAAUCAAGAAGCUGGAUUUAAAGGACAACAACUUGAACAUUUAAAGAAAUCCACUGUAUAUAUUGAUGGUGUCAUAGAUGAUAUUAAGGUGUUCAAUGAUGGUGUGGGAUUAUUUGAAACUUUUUGGAGUAGGCAACAAUUUACGAAAUUAAUAUAUUUAUUAUUGUAG